AUGAAAGACCUAGGUGAAUUGAAAUUCUUCUUAGGCAUUGAAUUUGCCAAAUCAAGCAAGGGUAUACAUAUGCGUCAAAGGAAGUAUUCCUUGGAGAUGAUUUCUGAGCUUGGCUUAGGAGGAGCUAUAACAGCUGGAACUCCACUAGAAUGUAAUCAGAAACUUACUUCAAUAGAGUUUGAUAGAGCAUUCAACAAAGAUGCAGCUCAUGAAGAUCCUAUACUAGAAUAUGCUGGAGAAUAUCAAAGGCUGUCCCACAUGGAGGCUGCUCUAAGGAUUGUUAGAUAUUUGAAAGCAUCACCAGGUCUGGGGCUCUUAAUGCCAGCAACAGAAACUAAACAGCUACAAGCCUUCUAUGAUUCUGAUUGGGGUUCCUGCCUACAGACCAGAAGAUCUGUUACAGGCUACCUAGUAAAAUUUGGAGAGGCUUUGGUAUCAUGGAAAUCCAAGAAGUAG